AGAGAGUUGUUGUUCGCCAUUUUGGAGAGGUCCUCGGAAAUUGGACCUAUUUCACAUACUUGUCACAAUCUGCCGCCAUCCAUCCCUUGCACCUCUUUCAAAACAUUACCGUUCUUAAUUUAUUAAAUAACCCAUUUGGACGGACCGAGGGAGCGGACCGUUCCCUGGGUGCAGUGCUCUGUACUCAAUGACUUCUUCUGAUCAGCAUGUCUGCAGUUUCGGGGCUAAAUGCAAAGGCGGAGAAAGGAAGGUCGAAGUAUGUUGCGUUAGACAUAAAUAGCCUUUAUAAAGGAAAAAGUCUAGAAAACCCCAAAGCAACUGUUCAACCUAAACAUGGAUUACAAUCACUGGGUAAAGUCGGCACUGGUCGCCGUAUGCCUCCUCCUGCUAAUUUACCAAGUCUAAAAAGUGAAAAUAGUGGCAACAAUCCUAAUAUAAGUUUAGUACCAAGUGGAGGUCAAGGAUGGGGCAGUACCACCAAAGAAAAAGGCAAAGCAGAAGAGACCAAUGGAAAUCAGCAGCAAUCACCGCAAUCGCAGCCAGCCUCUUCACUAUCACAACCUACUCAGAAAACAAGUACAACAAACACAGUUGCAACAUCUGGAGUAAACAAAACAUGGAGCAGUGUCACAUCAAACCAAGAGGAUGGUGGUCGAGAACAGAACUUCUUGGGCCAGCAGUCGCCAUUUUUUCCUCAGGAAUUCCCCAAGUUAGCUGGUGGAGAUGUACCAACAGAAGGCAACCAGAAAUCCAGUGCAGAUACUCAAUAUGGACCAGGACCAAGUCUAAGACCUCAAACGGAAGGCAGCUGGGGACGAGGGACACUUCAGCAACAGCCACCUGCUGGACAGGCAGGAGGCCAGCAACAGAGCAGUGGCAGUGGCGUGAACGGUCCCCAGGCUUCGUCGGAAGCACAGCCUCUCCCUUCACGAGACCAGCGUCCUUAUUCAGCCUCUCGAGGGGGAAAUAUUCCAUCUGGCAGCGUUUCAUCAACCUCAUCACCCGGUGGUCCCCCCAUGGGUCCUGUGCCAUCCCUCGGCCAUGGUCCAGGUAUUGGUGCGCAGAUGGGGCCUGGAUCUAACAUUCAUCCUCCGCCGCAGUUUCGUGGGAUGAUGCCUUCAUUUAUGUUUGGAAGAAAUAACUACCCUUCAGGUUAUCCUUCAAAUUAUCCUAAUGUUCCUCCACCCUCUCAGCAGCAGAAUGCUCGUCAGCCAUAUCCGUAUUCCGAAAAUAGGCGAUCUCAGCCUGUUAGACCACUUGCAGAAGAGGAAGCUUAUCAGCGUCCUGCAGCAAUCAUUACUGAGAAAGCUUUGAAAGGAUUCGAUGAAAUCCUACAAAAUGAUACUACAGACACUUGGGCCACCUCUCAUGGAGAAAUAGAUUACAAUGCAAAAUUAGUCUUCAGUGAUGAUGAAGAAUCUCCUGUUAGUCAGAAAAAGAUAAAAGAAUUCAUAGGCAUGAGAAAUCACUUACAUUGCUUAGAUUUUGGCCGCGAUAAUGAUGAAAAAAAUGCCAAGGUUCCAAAAAAUGAUAAAGAGCGAGAUAGAAAGUUAGAACGUGAAAGAAGUGUUUCUGAUCGUGAGCGCGAUAACAGAAGAGAAACAGAUUGGUCACGAGAAGGAAGAUGUGAAAAGAAAAACGAGCCUGAAACGGAUUGGAAUAUUGAUCGUGCAGAUGGCUUUGAACGUGACAGGGGUACAAGUUUGUUUAAAUUAAGCUCUCCCAACUGUGAGGGUCUUGCAUGGUGUUGUAUGGAGGAAAGAUGGAAAACAUGGCCUCAACCCCCACAAGGGAGGUCACCAUCUAUGGGUGGUGGUAUGGAAAUGCAGCGGCAGUGGCAGCCCGCUCAACAGCCUCCACAGAGGCCUUUUGACUACAGAGGGCCACCACCUCAGCCACCUGGGUCUGCCUAUGCCUCUCCCCAUGCAAGAAUGGCAGCUGGUCCU